AAGUCACAUCACAAGACUAGCAGGAUUCUAAAGUUCCUUCUCAGCGGCGCAGUUACUCAGUCGCUCGCGAGCUGGCAUUGCGCGUGUACCACGAAAUUAAUCAAAAGUGAUUUUUCUGGGGCGGUAUUCGGCUGUUAUCAUAUUAAACGAUAAGACCAAGUGCCAGCGAACCAAACUCAACCGCGAAGUAUUGUGUAAAUUAGGCAAUUUUUGUUUUAUCGACCCUUUGGAUAGAGAAACACGAUGCAUCGCGCAAGGACUGCACUGCAGCUAAUCAGCCAUCCUGCCGGGCAGCAGAAUUUUGGCUCGUGGUUGAUUCGAAAUCCUACCUCUAAGUUAAAUGGCGAACUAGUAGCGGCAUCUUCGGUAAAAUUAUACAAUUCGGCAGCAGCCGAACCUUUUCUCAAUGGCUCAUCGUCGAACUAUAUUGACGAUAUGUACAAUGCAUGGCUGAGGGAUCCGGCUUCGGUACAUGCCUCCUGGGAUGCCUAUUUUCGUAAUAACUCGUAUGAAGCUCCCCCAUCGCUAGCGCCAAUACCACGAAACCACAUUCCUGCAUCUCAGUACCUUGGCAGUUCCUUACCCGCUGUGGCUGGUGGCGCUGCUGCCAUCGGUGGUCGCAUCGAUGAUAAAUUGAUCGAUGAUCAUUUGGCCGUACAAGCUAUUAUUCGAAGCUAUCAGAUCCGAGGCCAUAAUAUUGCCAAACUUGACCCGCUAGGAAUCAGUAACGUGGACCUAGACGAUAGAAUUCCAACGGAGUUACUGUAUUCUUCCUACCGUUUCGACAAGCGGAUUCUCAUGACUUUAGGUGAUGACCUUUACCGUACGAUUUUAACGCUGAUUCAACAGGAAGCUGACAUGGAGCGUGUCUUCAAACUUCCGAGUACUACCUUCAUCGGUGGUAAGGAAAAAUUUCUACCGCUCCGUGAAAUCCUAGGUCGGUUGGAACGUGCAUACUGCAACAAGAUCGGUGUUGAGUUCAUGUUCAUUAAUUCGCUCGACCAAUGUAACUGGAUUCGCGAACGUUUUGAAACGCCCAAUAUCAUGACGUACACGAACGAAGAAAAAAGAUUGAUUCUGGCACGAUUAACACGUGCCACUGGUUUUGAGGCGUUCUUAGCGAAAAAGUUCUCUUCGGAAAAGCGCUUUGGUCUCGAGGGAUGCGAAAUUAUGAUUCCAGCGAUGAAGGAAGUGAUUGAUGUGUCUACCAAGCAGGGCGUAGAAUCGAUCAUCAUGGGAAUGCCACAUCGCGGUCGGUUGAACGUGUUGGCUAAUGUAUGCCGCAAACCACUGAAUCAGAUCUUUUCCCAAUUCGCUGGUUUAGAAGCAGCUGAUGAUGGCUCUGGUGAUGUCAAAUACCAUUUAGGGACAUACAUUGAACGGUUGAACCGUGUCACGAACAAAAAUAUUCGUUUGGCUGUUGUUGCCAAUCCAUCCCAUUUGGAAGCUGUUGAUCCAGUGGUGCAGGGUAAGACUCGUGCUGAACAGUUCUACCGUGGUGAUGGUGAAGGCAAGAAGGUAAUGUCCAUCCUGCUCCACGGUGAUGCUGCUUUCUGCGGUCAAGGUGUUGUAUACGAGACAAUGCACUUGUCUGAUCUACCAGACUACACCACUCAUGGAACAAUUCAUAUCGUCGUGAAUAAUCAGAUUGGCUUCACCACUGAUCCUCGCCACUCGCGCUCUUCGCCGUACUGUACAGAUGUUGCACGUGUUGUGAAUGCACCCAUUUUCCACGUAAAUUCAGAUGAUCCAGAAGCAGUCAUGCACGUUUGCAGGGUGGCCGCUGAAUGGCGUACAACCUUCCACAAGGAUGUCGUUAUCGAUUUGGUUAGCUACCGUCGCAACGGACACAAUGAAAUUGAUGAGCCAAUGUUCACUCAGCCACUUAUGUACAAAAAGGUUCGUAGUACCAAGCCGGUUUUGGAUAUCUACGCUAACCAAUUAAUUGCUGAGGGCUGUGUUACUGCAGAAGAAGUUAAGAGUGUUAAGGAUAAAUACGAGAAGAUUUGCGAUGAAGCAUUUGAGCAAGCUAAGAGUGAGACUCAUAUUAAGUACAAGGACUGGCUGGAUUCUCCCUGGUCUGGUUUCUUCGAAGGCAAAGACCCCCUGAAAGUUGCGCCAACUGGAGUUAUUGAGGAGACGUUGAUCCACAUCGGAAAUCGGUUUUCCGCUCCCCCACCAAAUGCUGCUGAAUUUGCUAUUCACAAAGGUUUAAUGCGCGUAAUGUCAGCUCGCAAAGAAAUGGUUGAUAACAAAACGGUUGAUUGGGCUCUGGGAGAAGCUAUGGCAUUUGGAUCGUUAUUAAAAGAAGGUAUUCAUGUACGUCUUUCUGGGCAAGAUGUCGAGCGUGGCACUUUUUCACACAGGCAUCAUGUCCUGCAUCACCAGACUGUUGAUAAAGCUACGUACAGACCGUUGUGCCAUCUUUACCCGGAUCAAGCCCCCUACACUGUCUGUAACAGUUCCUUGUCAGAGUUUGGUGUGCUUGGCUUUGAGCUAGGCUACUCGAUGACCAAUCCGAACGCACUAGUCAUCUGGGAAGCUCAGUUUGGUGACUUCAACAACACCGCCCAGUGUAUAAUAGAUCAGUUUAUUUCUUCUGGUCAAGCCAAAUGGGUUCGGCAAAGUGGUCUCGUCAUGUUAUUACCUCACGGUAUGGAGGGUAUGGGACCGGAACAUUCAUCAGCUCGUGUUGAACGAUUUUUGCAAAUGUGCUCUGAUGAUCCCGACUACUUCCCUCCAGAGUCUGAAGAAUUCGCAAUCCGUCAGUUGCACGAUAUCAAUUGGAUAGUGGCAAAUUGCUCAUCGCCGGCUAACUAUUUCCAUAUUAUGCGACGACAAAUUGCUCUGCCGUUCCGCAAACCGUUGAUUUUGCUCACACCAAAAUCGCUGCUGCGUCAUCCUGAAGCUAAGAGUCCAUUCAGCGAAAUGGUCGAUGGAACCGAGUUUCAGAGAAUCAUCCCCGACGCUUCAGCGGCCUCGCAGAACCCCAGCAAAGUAAAGAAAUUGAUAUUCUGCUCCGGCCGAGUGUACUACGACAUCCUGAAGGCUCGUCGCGAGCGUCAACUCGAAUCCGAAAUUGCGAUUUCUCGAUUGGAACAGAUUUCGCCAUUCCCGUACGAUCUUAUCAAGGCUGAGUGUGCUAAGUACCCGAAUGCUGAACUGGUCUGGGCUCAGGAAGAGCACAAAAAUCAAGGUUACUGGACAUACGUUGAACCACGCUUCGACACUGCGAUCAACUCGACUCGUGACCUCAGUGUGCAAGACAAGUUUGUGCUGCAGAAAUCAGCCCAAGGAUUCAAUAUUUCCCAAGGCUCCUUCAAUACACCAUCUGACGAUAUCCCGAAAGGUCGCAAAGUGAAAAUCUCAUCGAGGCCACUUAGCUACGUAGGACGACAUUGUGCAGCAUCAACGGCCACCGGUUCCAAGGCACAGCACACGAAGGAAUUGAAGAAUCUGCUGGAUCACGCCAUGGCCUUGUAAACACAUCCUUUCUUCCCUUCUGAUACGAUCCACACACGUCUAUCUAAUAUCUAGCUCUAUUCCUACUGGUAGUCACGACUAGUAGUGCGUGUAAAGCAGUUUUAAAAGUGCUACUAAAGAAACUCUUUUGUUUAUAAGAUAGGUAUUUAUUCAAAUAUAAAAGUACAGUAGAAAUAAUGUUUGAUCCAAUCUGAACCGAGAAAGUUAUUUAUUUUGAAUAAACAAAACCAGUAAGAAUGAAUCAAACAAGUUUAAUGUCUUUUUAGGCACUAAGCUUCAAUGGCUAACUUUGUAUGUAAAACAAUUAACUUUAGAGCGCUAGUUCGUAGUAAGAAGUACGUAAUAGUACACUUCAAACAGAAUUUUUUGAAACAAUGCACACUAACAAAACGAUAUGGCUCUGGCGAAGCAAGCCCCGCAAAUCAUACAAUGAUACGUUCAACAGCUAAGGUUUUGAACACCCAAUAUUUAUAUAUCCUAGCGAACAUCAUGAAAGCAAAAGCUAAACUGUAAUGAAGCUGCAGUACAGUCAAAGAUUUACUCUCUCUCUCAGAUGAUAAAAGCUUGUUUAUGAUAUUUAAGUGUUAUCCACAUUAAAUUAGUAUGUGCUAAUGCCUUUUUUAUGUUGAACAAUACUUUUGGUAUUCAGAACCCAAAUUGUGCAAAGUUACUACUUAGAUCUAAAACAGGCAGGCAGACAAAUCAGUUUCCAUUACAUCAACAGUAAUACAUAAGCUCAGUAUCAAACAAACUGUGUACCCAGUUUCAUAUUCCUACUGAUUAUUAUUUUCAGUCAAAAUUUUCAUUCAAUCCAACUUUGAAAAUUUUUUGAUAUACAUUAUUCUUGGAUUGAUUGUUGUGAGGCAAUACGUUCAUUAGCUGUAAUAAAUUAUUUUGUUGACAGACUGCAUCGCGUAUUAGUCGAUUAACUAUUUCGUUAAACGUUGUAUUCUAUUCGUCAACUAUACCGAUUUUUUGCAUGGUCGGUAUAGAGCGAUUAUCUAGGAGCUGAAAAUUGAUUAUAACAAAAUAAAAUGUUUAAAUCAUGGUUGCCGAAAAGAAAAGUAUUUUUAAAACGCAAUUUGUAUAUCACAUUUUCUUUUUUGUUAUUAUUUUACCACAAGUGCUGUAUCUUUUUCAAACACAUUUUCUCAUUGAAUCUCCUAUAUGAUAGACAUUAAAAAUGUGAGCUACUCUGUAGAAGAAUUGAGUACCUAGUAUUUGUUGUGUAAUGGAGUCAGGAAGAACAUCAUAUGUUGUACAUACAAAGUAUCUAACCAAAAUAGUUGCUUUCACUUGUACAUUGAUGGAAAUACACUGAAUCAAAAGUUAUUCCUUAGUAACAAAUGUCUAUAUUUUGAGACAAACACUUACACUGUUAGUAUAUCGCACUGCACAAUAUUGUUGUUAUAUAACUACAUAGUGAACCGCACCAAGAAUAAAGUGAUAUUACGUGCAAACCAAA